CAGACGUCUGACGUCAAAACUGUCACAAUCACUCGCAGGUCAUUGCGGUUCUGUUUUUGUAUAUGUUGUAAACAACACUUCGCUUAAUCGUAAUUCUAUUUCUAAUUUUUUCAAUAAAUUUAAGCUCAUAUAAGACAUGCAACCAUUGUGUAAAUAUUGUAAUGCACCCGAAAAUAAGCAAGACAAACCUGGACUGGAGUGUAUAGUUAAGAAGUGUUUCGUACACCUGAGUUGUUUGCGGAGGCCGGGCACACCCGGUGACUUUACAAAUGAUGUCUUCUUUGAAUUUACUUGUGAAGACUGCUCCACAGAAAAGAAAGAGAUAUUCUACCGCAACAAGUUCCCUUGGGUAAAUGUGAUCCUGUUGACGCUCCAUCACUUGAAUAGACAGUCAUACGGGAUCAGCAACAAUGGUUUCUUCCACUACAAGAUUCACAUUUGCUCCUUCAUUGAUAGACACUGGCAUCUCCUUUUUGGAGCUCACACUAAACAGAAGAAGAACUGGGUGGGAACGAUAGCUGGUGUUCUGUCCAUAUACAAUAAUCUGCUGUUCCAGUCUGGGUCUGUAGCACUCGGUGAGACUGGCUGGUGGAAACUGCUGCAUAACUUCUCACCAGCAGUUGCAGCUCAUAUUGUACAAGGACUUGCCAAAGACAAGCCGAAAGGACGUCCAAAGAAUCAAAUGGCUCUGACCAAAACCAUUUUUCUCGACAAAGUUUUGGUUAUGGGAUAUGGCCAUUUAGUAAAUGAUGAAGAACCUACUCCUGCGCCUGUGAAGCCGGCGCCGUUUAAAAAACGACGGCUCGACACAGAGGGUUCAAGCUCCGUGUCCAUGUCCUACAAUGAUCAGCUCGACUCUGAUAACAAUUUUACCAGAAUCGACGAUCUCUACAGCGAUGAUUUACCACUGGUCUCCAAGGAUGGCUCGCAUUCCGACGUGGAAAACAUCUUCAGAGGUUUCGACUUUACUCCGGCGGUUGAAACUGUGCCUUUACAUGAUCCAAUAUUACAGAGCGACUCAUCCAGCAUCCACUCGCUCCAGCAAAUGCUUGGCUACGAUUCAGACUCCAGCCACUCACCGAACUGCCAACCCGAAGUCCAAUCCGACUGCGAGAUCAAAAAGUCCGAACCCAUAAGACCGAAGAAAACCACAGAAGACAAACCGUAUGACAAGAGAGAAUCACUAUUCUCAACCGAGCUGAACUCCGUAGAUAUGCCAUGGGUGGACGAACCUCCGGAGACUCGAAGUGAUCUGGUGGAGAUGACACAGUAUGAAGAGUUGCAGCUUCUAAAGCAGGUGGAAGGAUUAAUACCAAAAGUCAAGGAUGUUAACAAGAAAGCUGAGUUGUACAGGUUAAAAGCGAAGCUCUCGUUGCGCAGGCUGAAAAGGCACAAGCAUUUGCCACUUUUUGAUCUUGAUAAGACUGUGAAAAUACUAGGUGGUUACGUCACUGAAGAUUCCAGGGUUGUCAACGCGGAAAGAGUUCUAGACAGAUUCCAACAAACAUAUUUGAUAGAUAACCUAUGCGGUACCAUAGCCAGCACCAACUACGGUACGCUGGUGGUGUCCCGCACGGAACCAACGCCCUUCCGCUCGAUGUACUCGGGCGCGAUGCUCAAGCCGUACAUACGCCGCGACGCCGAGUCCUCGCCCACGUGGCUCAGGCUCAUGGACGAGCUUCUCAGGCGGACCAACCGGCACGUGGAAAACUACAGGCCACCCCCGCGAGCCACCAUAGACUACUCGUACGUCCGCCCACAGCACAUCGCAGCUGUCAAUAAUCUAUGCGCGCAGUUCUUCUGGCCAGGCAUAGACUUGACAGAAUCCCUCCAGUACCCCGAGUUCAGCUGCGUGGUGACGUACCGGCAGUUGGUGGUGGGCUGCGCGUUCCUGGUGCCCGAUGUGGGCCCCAAUGAGGCCUACAUCUCUUUCGUGCUCACCAGGCCCGAAUGGAGGAACGCCAAGAUUGCUUCCUUUAUGCUCUACCAUUUAUUACAAACAUGCUCAGGCAAGGACGUUACUCUACAUGUGUCGCCAACUAAUCCAGCCAUAUUUUUGUAUCAAAAAUUUGGAUUCAAAGUCGAGGAGCUCAUACAAGACUUCUACGAGAAAUACUACGAUAUAGACUACAAGGGAUGUCGACACGCCUUGUUUCUAAGACUCAUUAGAUAAAGUGUUAUGAAAGUGAAAAA